CACUGGUAAGAAUAACAUAAGUCAUUGCAACUAUACUCCACAUUUUCCAUCUAAGUGUAAAUGCUUAAAUCUUUGCUUAUGUCAAACGGCCAUGUUUGCAACUGCAAGUUGGUGUCCUCCAUUCUGUCCACCCUCUCUCUUCCCCGUAUCUCUGUACUUGCCCCUGAUCCUUCUCUCUCUCCAUCUCCCCCCUCUCCUCCUCCCUCUCAGCAUUCUGACGCUCUGUGUGGCAGUUGCCCGUCCUCUGGUUCUGCCCCACAGGCAAACACCAUUUGGCCCAGCUUGCCAACAUCAGGAACUGGCUUCCCUGCAUGGCCGGGACAGGCCACCCAGCCUCCGACGUGCUGGACCGGCCAGCCGAACACACCAUGCUGGCCUGGAACACAAGCAGCUCCAUUCUCUGUGCCUGCACCAAAUUCACUCCCAGCCUCAACUCAGACCAUUAUACCAGCUCCUACUCCCGCAACAACCAUAGUCCCAGCUCCAGCUCAAGUUCCAUCUCCUGCUCCAGCUCCCUGUCUGGCACAGCCCUGCCAGCCCUGCUGGCCAGGCACCCAGUGCCAGUCUCCCCAACCACCAGCUCCAAUUCAAGCUCAAGUCCCCGCUCAAGUUCCAGCUCCAGUUCCAACUCCAAUCCCAGUCCCAGCACCAGCUCCUGCUACAGGUAUCCAUCCAAAUGUACCAGGGUGGCCUGCCCACCCUGGUUGGCCUUAUAAUCCAGGACAGUCAGGAUGGCCUGGACAGAAUCCAUCUAUGAUGCCUCUACACUGGCUUCCACCCACAUCUGGACCUCUUAGUGUGCCAUACAACUUGAACCUGGCCCGAGGAGUCUAUGACAAGAUGAUGAUGACCAUCUUGGGCCAUGUCAAACCUAAUGCUAAAAUGUUCACAGUGAAUUUUCUGAGAGGAAAUGACAUUGCCUUUCACAUCAACCCCCGCUUCAGUGAGGCAGGCAAACAGGUGCUAGUCCGUAACCACAAAGUGGGUGAGCGUUGGGGCUCAGAGGAGAGGGACCUAAAGGGACCUUUCCCUUUUGCUCUUGGAAGCCCAUUUGAGAUGAAGAUCCUGUGCACUCAUGAGGCCUUCAGGGUGGCAGUGAACAACAUCCCACUGUUUGAGUUCCGACACCGCGUCAGAGAGCUUAACCAGAUUGACAGGAUCAACAUCCUGCAUGAUGUGAUCCUCACCUACGUCAAUGUGGAAACACUUCCAUAGGAAGCACACUAUUACUCACUGCAGUACAGGAAUCAACACAUGACAAGGCAGAGAUGCAUACAGAGACAAGAAAUUUGCACACUUACACAAAUACCAUCUAUAGGCUAUAUCUUAGAGAAGAACUAAAACCUAUUUCAUUAAUUCCAAUUUAUUUGUCACAAUGCUUAUAGAUUGAACAAAUAAGUGUGUUAGUGUGUGAUGUACUAUUAAUAUUGACAUGAGUUGAGAGUAAGCUCUAGCACAUUGCUAUGCAUUUAAUACACCCAAAACGUCCCCUUUCAUUAUGAAGAUGCUACUGCUGCUGUAUUUAUUGUGUACAAUAUUUUCUAACAUUAUUACAUUGCUACUAAUUGAGAAUUAUAUAUGUAUCUAUGUUGCCAAAAAACAACCACAAGGUCUAUUGUGGUUCUGUUAGCUGAUUCUUAAAUAAAAUUAUUAGUCAGAUAUCUGAUC